UCUGCCCCGACUCUGAUUUCUCCCGUGUCCUUGCCUGUUUCCUUCUGGGUGCCAGGAAGUCUUCGGCAAUGCCUGUGUCUUUCAGAAGCAGGGGCCUGCUCCCCGGACACCAUCACCCUGGCUCCUACAGCCCCUUGGGUCAGUUCUCGCCCGGCCCCGUGGGGCCCCCGUGCAUCAAGGGCCUUUACUACCGCAGGGCGCGGAAGGUGGGCGCCCGGGCCGCCUCCCCGGCGGCGGACCUGACGAAGGAGAUCCUGGUCAACGUCGGGGGCCGGAGGUUCCUGCUGCCCUGGAGCACGCUGGACGAGUUCCCGCGGAGCCGCCUGAGCAAGCUCAAGUCCUGCCGCAGCCCCGAGGAGAUCGCGCAGCUCUGCGACGACUACGACGAGGACAGCCAGGAGUUCUUUUUCGACAGGAGCCCCGGCGCCUUCGGCAUGAUCGUGAGCUUCCUGGCGGCCGGCAGGCUGGCGCUGCUGCGGGACAUGUGCGCGCUGGCCUUCCGGGAGGAGCUGGCCUACUGGGGCAUCGAGGAGGCCCGCCUGGAGCGCUGCUGCCUCCGGGAGCUGCUCCGCAGGCUGGAGGAGCUGGCCGAGCUGCGCAGGGAGGGGGCGCUGCAUGGGCAGCCGGGGGCCUGCCGCCCGGCCGCCGCCCCCUCGCGCUGGGGGCUGGUCCUGCACUGGCUGCGGGAGACGGUGGAGAACCCGCAUUCGGGGCUCCCCGGCAAGGUCUUCGCCUGCCUGUCCAUCCUGUUCGUGGCCACCACGGCUGUCAGCCUGUGUGUCAGCACCAUGCCCGACCUGCGGGCCGAGGAGGACAAGGGCGAGUGCUCUCGAAAGUGCUACUACAUUUUCAUCGUGGAGACCGUCUGCGUGGCCUGGUUUUCCCUGGAGUUCUGCCUGCGGUUUGUGCAGGCCCAGAACAAGUGCCAGUUCUUCCAAGGGCCCCUGAACAUCAUCGACAUCCUGGCCAUCUCCCCCUACUACGUGUCCCUGGUGGUGUCCGGCGAGCCCCAGGAGGAUGGCGAGAGGCCAGGCGGGAGCUCUUACCUGGAGAAGGUGGGGCUGGCGCUGCGCGUGCUGCGGGCCCUGCGCAUCCUCUAUGUGAUGCGCCUGGCGCGCCACUCGCUGGGGCUGCAGACUCUGGGCCUCACGGUGCGCCGCUGCACGCGCGAGUUCGGCCUGCUGCUCCUCUUCCUCUGCGUGGCCGUUACCCUCUUCUCCCCUCUGGUCUACGUGGCUGAGAAGGAGUCCGGGCGGGUCCUGGAGUUCACUAGCAUCCCGGCCUCCUACUGGUGGGCCGUCAUCUCCAUGACGACGGUGGGCUACGGGGACAUGGUGCCGCGCAGCGUGCCUGGCCAGGUGGUGGCCCUCAGCAGCAUCCUGAGCGGGAUCCUCAUCAUGGCCUUCCCAGCCACGUCCAUCUUCCACACCUUCUCGCACUCCUACCUGGAGCUCAAGAAGGAACAGGACCAGGUGCAGGCUCGCCUGUGCCGCCUGCGACACGCGGCCAUCGCCAAAGAACACGGCCUCCUGAAUGAUGCUGACAACCUGGUCCCGGAGAGAUCCGGCUCGCCCACCAAAUACGUUUAUCUCAAGACCCCUCCUGAAUACAGGGAAACCCCCCACCGCGCUUGGCUGGCAGGCUCAAGAGCACCAGGGCACAGACGGUGUGGUGGUGGUUUCUAGAGCUCAGGGAGUUUUCCUGACGGAGGAGGGGCUCAAGGCCAAAGGUACAUGUUCUUUGUGAUUCUUGACACGGUGGCCACGCCAGCCCCAGCUGACCUUGUCUGUGUCACCUGC